CGGACGCAGCUUGGCUCGGCUGGUGGAGUUGUGGGACUACGAGGGGAGCCUGAGUGCCGAGGAGCGCCGCAAGAUCCGCGGCGCGCUGCUGCGGGAGGUGGGGCGCAUGUACCGCCAGCUGGCCCUGCAGCAGGGGGCAGCAGCGGCGGGGGGAGGAGUAGCUGUGUCGUACGGCAGGGGGGCAGGACCCUCCUGGGAGGAGGCCUUUGCACAGGUCAUGACGGCUCAGCAGCAGACCACCGCCGCCCUCCUCGACCUGCUGGCCCAGUGCCAGGCCGCACUAGACGAACUGCGGUUCCAAGCUGGCUUUGCGGGGACAGCGACGGCUGCUGGGGGCUACCCGUACGGUGAUGGCGGCAGCAUGGCAGCAGGAGGCGGAGGAGGAGAAGUUGAGGCAGCGGGUGGUGGUGGUGAGGGGCGGGGGGGUGCGGGAGCGAGACGUGCGCUGCUUCUGUUGCGGGAGGCCGAGGCGGAGGAGGAGCGGCAGCGGGCGAUGCGGCGAGAGCGGGAGGAGGUGCUCGCGGAGUUCAGGGAGGCGGCCCUGUUGCGAUCCCGGAGGAGCCCCGCCCGCCCCGCCCUCAAGCCCGCCCUCAAAUCAGCCCUCAAGCGACCCACCUCACAGUCCCAACCCCACAACAACCAACCCGACGGUGAUGGCGGCGGCAGCAGCAGCGAAGCUGCCCCUGUCUGCAUGGACAUGGAGGGUGCCUUGGAGGAUGCCGGUCCCUCCUCCUCCUCCUUCCCCUCCUCAUCGCAGCAGCAGCAGCAGCCGCUCCUGCAGCGGCGGGGCUCCCUCUCGCCCUCCUCCUUCUCCCGCUGGCGCUCCGCCCGCUCCUCUCCCACCCCGCCAGAGGUCUUGGAACGACUGGAGCGGGCGCGGAAGGGAGUCGUGGCAGGCCCCGUCAAGCGCCCGGUCACACCCGGCCCUGCUUCCGCGGCUGCGACACCAGCGGUGCCCGAGGCGGCUGGAGCAGCAGCAGCUGCAGGAACAGGAACAGGAACAGCCGUGAGGGCGAGGUCUGCGCCCCUGCCGUAUGAGCGGCGGGCGAUGUCAGUGGACCGAGCCCGGCCGCACCAGCAGCAACACCAGCAGCAGCAGCAACGUGCGGGCAGCAUGGCAGGGGAGGAGGAGGUUGCUUCGGAG